CCUCAUCAUCUCGCGCAAUACCCCGCAAGUGCCGCCACCAAAAUGGAGUCCAUCAUGAACAACCAGCCCAUCCAGGUCGAGGUAGACCCGAACGAAGAUACCGAAUGGAACGACAUCCUUCGCAGUAAAGGCAUCAUCCCGGAGAAGCCCCCAUCGCCGACUCCUAUGAUCGAAGAAGCUCUCACCAAAGCCAGACGGUUAGCGCACGAGAAUAGGUUGGAAGGCAAAGACCUGGAUGAGUUGGCCGAGCUGGAAGACGAAGAGGACGAGGACUUCCUUGAGCAGUACCGGAUGAAGCGCAUGGCUGAGCUGAACACCAUCGCGACUGCCUCUGUGUUCAACCAAGUCUACCCCCUGCAAAAGCCCGACUACGCGCGCGACGUGACGGAAGCUUCAAAGGAAGCGUUCGUGCUCGUUCUCCUCACUUCGUCACAAGGGAACGGAGAAUCGCGCAUCGCGACUGAGCGCUGGCGGGAUCUGGCUCGCAAGUAUGGUGACAUUAAGUUCUGCCAGAUGCGCGCAGACAUGUGCAUAGAGGGAUACCCGGAUAAGAACACUCCUACGAUCCUGGUGUACAAGGACGGAGACAUCAGGAGGCAAAUCGUUACGUUGAGGGAACUGAACGGACCGCAGACCUCGGUCGAGGACUUUGAAAAGAUGCUUAUUGAGCUGGAAGCGCUGAGGCACGGGGACCCGCGUCUUCAGCGUAAAGAGGAAGAGGAGGAAGUCAGCACGAGUAAGAUUCGCCAGACUCGCGUCGAUGACGACGAGGACAGCGACUGGGAUUGAGGAGCCUACCUAGUUGGCCUUGGUGAGCGGAGCCAUGACGUUUUGCUUAUCAGACCUCGCUCGGGUCGAACUGUAUUCCACGAGCCUGCGUGCAGGCAACGCCACUAGUAGAUCUCCAGGGAGAGGUGCUGCUGGCGGAAUCGCGGCGCAUUAUCUUCCAUAGGUAUACGCAAGCGAGUAGGAGCAGGGAUACAGUAAGUGAUGGGGUUGCGGCCGGCUCCUGGAAGCAUAAGCACGAAUGGGCUGCUACACUGGUAGAGUGGCAUCGAAGCCUUGGGGAGAAAAAAUCGACCACGGCACGAUUGUCCGGGCUUAUCAAUAGAAAUGACUACCUACCUUCCA